GAAGGCGGGAGGGCGCAAGGUCGCCACAAGCUCAACUGCCCAGCUAGCCAAAGGCACACGAGACAAGUGGCAAGCAUGGCAAUGGCGGCUUCUCGUCGGCGCGCAGUCCCUGCUUCGCUGGUAACAGCGGCGGCAACUGUGGUGCUUGUGUUGUUGAGCGCUCCGGCGGUUGCCGACGUAGCAGCCAGGUACCCACCGCUGGCCCCGGGUCUGUCGUUCGAGUUCUACAAGGAGAGCUGCCCCAUGGCCGAGUGCAUCGUCAAGGACUACCUCGAGACGGCCAUCAUGCAGAACGUCGGCCUCGCCGCUGCGCUCAUCCGCCUCCACUUCCACGACUGCUUCGUCCAGGGCUGCGACGGUUCCAUCCUGUUGGACUCGACGCCGACCGAGGAGAGUGAGCAGGCUGCCAUCCCCAACCUGACGCUCCGCCCCGCGGCGUUCAAGGCCAUCAACGACAUCCGCGACCGCCUCGAGCAGGCCUGCGGCCGCGUCGUCUCCUGCGCCGACAUCGUCGCCCUCUCCGCUCGCGAGUCCGUCGGCCUGGCCGGCGGGCCGGGGUACAAGGUCCCCCUGGGCAGGCGCGACAGCCUGAAGCCGGCGUCGCAGCAGGCCGUGAACGACGGGCUCCCGCCGCCGACCUCUGACGUCACCAAUCUCCUCGGCUUCCUGGCCAAGAUCAACCUCGACGUCAACGACCUCGUGGCAAUCUCCGGCGGCCACACCGUCGGCAUCGCGCACUGCGGGUCCUUCGACGAACGCCUCUUCCCGACGCAGGACCCCACCAUGAACAAGUGGUUCGCCGGCCACCUCAAGCUCACCUGCCCCGUCAAGGGCACGGACAACACCACCGUCAACGACAUCCGCACGCCCAACACGUUCGACAACAAGUACUACGUGGACCUGCUCAACCGGGAGGGGCUCUUCACCUCCGACCAGGACCUCUUCACCGACGGCAGGACCAAGCCCAUGGUCACCAAGUUCGCCGUGGACCAGAACGCCUUCUUCGAGCAGUUCAUCUUCUCCUACGUGAAGAUGGGGCAGAUCCAGGUGCUGACGGGCUCGCAGGGGCAGAUCCGCGCCAACUGCUCGGCGCGCAACCCCGGCGAUAACCUCCCAUGGUCCAUCGUGGAGACCGCCGUCGACGCCGCCGAGAGCCUCGUGCUCUAGAGCUUCUUCGCGUGCUUUGGUUUGUUCAUCUUUUGUUGGGAAUGCAUGCCAAGCCGGCGAUCGAAUAAGUGGCGUGGCACACACGUAUAUGGAGUUAUGGACAAGGGCACAAGUAGCGCUACUCGAAUACUCGAUGUAUAGUCGAGUAAUUCGUAAUGUGUGGAUGAACGCUCUGCAAUAAACAAACAUUGCCAAGUGCAAAGACAAAAAAGACUUGAUGAAGGCAAUGGUGCUGCGUAA